CAAAAAAAGAGACAACCCUUGAAACCAUAGCUAUGAAGACCAUGAUUCCAUGGACCACGAUCUGGAUCGUGUUCUCAUGGUACGGUUCCAACAUUGGUGUCUUGCUUUUAAACAAAUACUUACUUACCUACUGUGGGUUCAAAUACCCAAUUUUCUUAACCAUGUGUCAUAUGCUUGCUUCUUCAUUGUUAAGUUACGUAGCUAUAGCAUGGCUCAAAGUGGUUCCCAUGCAAACCAUUGGUUCUAAGAAACAGUUUAUAAAGAUUUUUGGGUUGAGUUCAGUUUUUUGUUUCUCGGUCGUCCUCGGAAAUGUCUCGUUACGGUACCUUCCGGUGUCGUUUAACCAGGCUAUUGGCGCAACCACACCGUUUUUCACGGCGGUUUUCGCUUAUGUUAUGAUGAAGAAGACAGAGAGUUGGGUUACGUACUUGACAUUGUUACCUGUUGUGGCUGGAGUUAUCAUUGCUAGUGGGGCUGAACCAAGUUUCCACCUUUUCGGGUUUCUAAUGUGUGUUUCAGCUACUGCUGCAAGAGCCUCUAAAUCAGUGCUUCAGGCUAUUUUGCUGUCAUCAGAAGAGGAAAAGCUAAACUCCAUGAAUUUGUUGAUGUACAUGGCACCAAUAGCAGUGGUGAUAUUGCUUCCUGCAACUUUAUUGAUGGAGAGAAAUGUGAUAGCCAUAACCAUGGCUCUUGCAAGAAAAGACACAAUAGUUGUGUAUUAUCUGCUUUUCAAUUCUUCUCUUGCUUAUUUUGUCAACUUGACCAAUUUUUUGGUCACUAAACACACCAGUGCCUUGACCCUCCAGGUACUGGGAAAUGCAAAAGGUGCAGUAGCAGUGGUGGUGUCAAUUAUUAUAUUCAAGAAUCCAGUUUCAUUAAUGGGGAUGCUGGGUUACUCUUUAACAGUUGUUGGAGUUCUUCUUUACAAUGAAUCCAAAAAGGGAAAUAAAUGACAUUUUCUCAAUUUUUUACUCCUAUAACUUAAUUUUCUAUUGU